AUGCCUGAUAUUGACACUUUUGAUGGAAUUUCUCGAAUUGCUAGUCUAAACGGGCCUCUUAAAUUUUUUUCAACGCCUUCUCAACCUUUACUUCCAACACAACCCCAAUUUUCGCAUGAAAUGCAAUCUCAACAUUUACCCAAACUUCUUGGGCUACAACAAUCUCAACCUUUUCCUACAUCACAUUCUCAUAUUACACAACAAUUAACAGAACUUGCAGUUCCGAAUCCUCAACUAGUCCACAGACUUCCCAACAACAAUCGUAAUAAUGCAUCUGGUGGACAUCUUGAUCACGUGGUCCUAACUUUAAAUGAUAUUAAUAAAAAUAUUUCAGAGAUUUUGAAUGAUUUUGGUAUUUUGGCUGGACGUUUCAACAAUGAAAUUCAAAGUAUAAAUGCUAUUGUUGCUAAAAACAUCGGAAUUUCUAAUAAUGACUAA